GCAAGAACCCACGCAGAGACAGAGCAGCAAAGGAGCUCGCGCACUCUCUCCCUUUCUCUCUCUAAAAACUUCUCUCAAAACCUGAAAUCCCUCAAGAUUCGCGAAACCAUGGAUUGGGUCCGAGGCAGAGAGAUUGGCCACGGCGGCUUCGCCACCGUCCACCUCGCGGGGGCCGCGGAGACCUGCCCCUCCGGCCGCCCUCCGGUGAUGGCCGUCAAGUCCUGCGACGCGGCCCUGGCUUCCUCCCUCAGGCACGAGAGGCGGGUCCUGAGCGAACUCGGCCACUGCCCGCGGAUCGUCCGCUGCUACGGCGACUCGGUCACCACCGAGCGCGGCGGCGAGGAGCUCUACAACGUCUUCCUCGAGUACGCCGCCGGCGGCAGCCUCUCUGACAGCCUGAAGUCCAGAGGGAAGCCCCUCUCGGAAGCCGAGAUCAGACGCCACGCGAGGUCGAUCCUGGAGGGCCUGGAGUUCGUCCACUCCAAAGGGUUCGUUCACUGCGACAUCAAGCUGCAGAACAUCCUCGUAUUCCCCCGCGGCGGCGAAGAAGUCAAGAUCGCCGAUUUCGGCCUCGCGAAGAGAGCGGGUGAGCGGUUGUCAAAGGACGGGAAACAGGCCGGGGUCGAGUGGCGGGGGACGCCCAUGUACAUGGCGCCGGAGUCAGUGAACUGCAGCGAGUACGAGCCGCCGUCGGACGUCUGGGCGCUCGGAUGCGCGGUGGUGGAGAUGGCGACGGGGAGGCCGGCGUGGGGGUCGCAUGCCGAGUCGAACGCGUACGCCCUUAUGAUCAGAAUCGGGGUCGGAGAACAAAUCCCGGAGAUUCCCGAGGGAUUGUCGGAGCAGGGGAAGGACUUCUUGAUGAAGUGCUUCGCAAAGAACCCCAAGAUGAGGUGGACCGCUCGCAUGCUCUUGAAGCACCCCUUUCUCGCCCUCGACUGCGUCGACAACGACGAGGAGAUCGUAAGAGAUUGCGGGGUCGUAGAAUUGGCGGAUUCCUCUCCGAGGUGCCACUUCGACUGGGUUUCGAUGCAAUGUUCAAGAACGAGUUGGGAAUCGGACUCGCUUUCGCCCUGCUCGGAGAUGGAUUCUGCUCCGUCGUUCGUCGGAGAGCUGGCCGCGUUGGAGAUCGCAUCGGAUUCUUCGUCGGUGAUGGAUCGUAUUGGCCAGUUGGCGAGUCGCGGGAGGCAUAAUUGGGAAGAUUCCGAGGGUUGGGUAACCGUUCGAUGAUCAGAAUUCGUCCAAUUCCGAAAGCAGAGUCAGCUUAGCUUAGAACAGAGCAGAGUCCUUGGAUGAUUGUCUUUGGUUCAAUCCGAGGGUUCUGAUUCAAUUGAUCCGUUUUCUUUCCCUAGGAUGUGAAUAUUGAUACGGUUACUUCAGACAAAAGAUGUACAGACGGAUUCUUUCUU